UCAAGAAAUGAGAUAUAAUUGAGUUUGAUUUCCAAAAAUAGACAAAUUAUUCAGCUUGUGACAGCAAAGAAAGGAAAGAGCAAAACCAGAGAAAAAGCCAAACCCCUCCGGACUCAUUUCCCCGCUUGCUUAAAAUCCUGGUGGUACUGCAUUUUGUUCAGAGUCUCAGAAAGAGUCAUAAGUAGGAAGAAAAAGCAAAGAAAAAGAGAAGAAACCAGAAACCACUAUAACUUGUCAAACACCUUCUUGGGUCUUUGUUUCUCUCUCAAGAGACAGAGCUCUCCACCACCAACCCACCACACACCCCUUCUCUUUUCUCUGUUCUAUGAAAGAACUUGUGAGGAUGCCUAGACCAGGCCCAAGACCGUAUGAGUGUGUUAGGAAAGCUUGGCACAGUGAAAGGCACCAACCCAUCAGAGGUUCUCUCAUUCAAGAGAUUUUCAGGGUUGUCAAUGAGGUUCAUGGCUCAGCUACUAAAAAGAACAAAGAAUGGCAAGAGAAGCUCCCUAUUGUUGUGCUCAAAGCAGAAGAGAUUAUGUACUCCAAAGCCAAUUCUGAGGCUGAAUACAUGGACCUUAAAACACUGUGGGAACGAACGAAUGACGCCAUUAAUACAAUUAUUAGACGGGACGAGAGUACAGAAAAUGGAAAGCUUCUCCAGCCUUGUAUUGAAGCUGCUCUAAAUUUGGGCUGCACGCCAAGAAGAGCAUCAAGGAGCCAACGGAAUAGCAUCCCAAGGUGUUAUCUGAGUCCCAGCACUCAAGAGGCCUCUGGCGUUUCUCUUGUCACAGUUGAGAAUUCUAAUCAAGGGGCUUAUACUCCUACUUCGAAGUAUAUAUCUCAUUGUCCAAAUUUUGUGAAACCCACUACUCUGAUUUCUACUAAUCCAAGCCCUGUUGCCCUGAACAACGAUUGUGCCUCUAACAAGCCUCCCUUUGCAUCUGAGAAUGUUCGGCCAUCUAGUAAUAACCACCCCAGCUUACCUAUGGAAAACUAUCCGGCAUCAAACUUUUAUUCAGUUUAUCCUUUGUAUUAUGGAAAUCGCCAACAGUUUGAAGAACCUUGGCCUGGUUUUGCAAUUACUAAGUUGACUUCUAACAUUUUGGAGCCUGCCAAGAUGGGUGUUGGGAGCCGCUUUUGCUGUAAUGUAGAUGCUUCCUAUAAGAUGACUGAAACUAAUACAAGGAGAACUCCUGUGAACACAUUUAAUAGUGGCUGUGAUCUAUCAUUGCGAUUGGGUCCUGUCCCUGUUACAUGCCCGAGUGUUGGAAAGAGUAAUCUCCAAGAUGUUGAAGAUGUUGGUUCUGGUAGUGGUCAAUCACCACAGGCGGAUAAAAAGGUCUCUUUCUGUCCUGGGGGAAAUGCGUAUGGACCAUCAGACUCCUGUUCAAGUAAAUGGAGUUUUGAGGGUAAAUAUUGGAAUGACGAAGCAACAACGAGAAAGCGAAAGGCAGAUUUUAAUCAGCCUGCGGAGGAUCAGCAAUUAUUUUGGCAGCCAAAUCUUCCUUGUAGUCACUUAACUGGAAGUAUGAGAAAUGCAGGUUCGUAGACUGACUCUUUGCUAAAGUGUGUUGUUUCAGAUCUUGAUGUGGAAGGUUUCUCUAGCAAUGUUGAUAUGGUCAAAUUAGAUUUUGAUGAGUUGCUUUUUUCCAAUGAUGCAACAAAGAUUGUAAAAAUGUAAAAAGACUUAAGUUUUAAGUUAGAUGUACGUGGACAAACUAACUGAAGAGGCUUUUUGAUAUGCAAUGUACAAAAGAAUCUUUUGUGUGACUGAUGCUGGUUCUAGAACAUGGAAAUAUAUGUCAUCUAUCCUUAUUGACUUA